GCCUUUCGUUUCCACGUAAACAGGUGAAAAACCCAACCAGGAAGUAAACAAUAAUGGCGAUGACUUCAAGAAAAAUAGUUUCUAAUGUUUUAAAACUAUUUCUUAUUUUCUUUAUUCAACAAACACUUUGUGAGAGACCCACCACUAGUUUAUCUUUAACCCAGAAGUUAUCGGAGGACAGGAAUGGGAUCCAUAUGAGAAGUGUCACCCCCACCAAGUCGUCAACUCAACAGGCAAGACUGCACCCGGGGGUCAUUGCAGCUGUGAUAUUCGUUACAUUUGCUGCAGUUCUCGCUGCAGUUUUUAUCAUCAGAAAAUACUGCUUUCCCCGCAGCGAGGCCACAUACAGGUACUCAGUGCUGAGGCGGAUGGAGGCUGAGGGGCCAGGAGGGACGGAGGAGGAGGAGGACAGGCCCGGGCCCUACACACUGGGGGAGGACUCUGAUGAGGUUGGUGGACCUGGUCCUGUGUCCCUGUCAUCCUCCACGUCACUAUAGUGGUGUAGGGUGAAGUUGCCCCAGGACGCUGAUCUUGGGUCAGUUUUGCAUUUUCCCUACUGAUGGUUAAGGUUAGGAUUGGGGGAAGAGAAGCUGAUCCUAGAUUUGCAUCUUGGGGAAGCAUUACCCCUGAGCCACUAUAGUGUACUCCAGAACAGCUGUCUUAAUCAGGGGGUGGAGAAAAUUACAUUUUAGAGACUUGAAACGUUUUGGCAACACCUAAGUUAUACCAUAGGCUAUACGAGUACUUGGCUGCUAAACAUUUCAUAGGCCUAGCCUACUAUAUAUUUUUUUCAGGGCUUGUGGGUGUUUUUGCUGUGAUAAGAGAUCUAGUUGUGUCUUUCUUCUCUUUUCUCCCCUCCAACAGGAUAUGUUGGAGUGAAUCAUCACUCGGAUGACACUUCUCUGCGCUCAGGUUAGCUGAGGUCGACUGUGAAGUGUGUGUGUGUGCGUGCGUGCGUGCAUUCGCUAAGCUGUUAACCUCUUCUUCUCCUUGCACCCCUUCCAGUCUACAUGCUCCCGAAAUCCAGUUACAACAGUGCUAUUAUCCACUGAUGCUCGUUUUAAUUCAGGGAAUUGUUGUCAUGACAUGCGUACCUUAUUCUACACAUCUGGACUGUUAAUAAUAUUUUUAAUUGUAUAACCGAUACCAAUGGCUAGCAGAACAAAAUAAUCAUUCUUCACAAGUAUAGAAGCUGUGUCUGCACUGUAUACCGCAAUCAAAUCUUUCUAUUUGUUACUGACCUCUUCAAGCACUGUUUCAGUUGUUGAGUAUUGUUGUGUCAUCUUUAAGUAUUAUUCACACAUUUAAUGUAAAGUAUGUUAUACUAUGUUAACUUAACACAGCUGCCCAGGUUUUGUCUUUAAGACAAGCUGUUGUGCUUACGUCCUUUAAUUAUUGUUCUUGUUUGUCAUUUAGCAGACGCUCUUAUCCAGAGCGACUUACAGUAGUGAGUGUGUGUUUUUCGUUUUUUAUUUUCUUCUUUAUAUUAUAUAAACAUGUUGUAUAAAUGUAUUUCCCCCUGAGCAAAAAUGAAUAUGUCAAUCAAUCAAAUGUAUUUAUAAAGCCCUUCUUACAUCAGCUGAUGUCACAAAGUUCUGUACAGAAACCCAGUCUAAAACCCCAAACAGCAAGCAAUGCAGGUGUAGAAGCACGUGUUUGCAGUUCUGUUUUGUGUUUGCCGUUCUGCACUUUGACAUUAAAUAAUGUACAGUACCGCUACUGUGAGCUUCUUCAGUGCUUGUAAAUAAAGAGACACUCUGCUCAUCUGGCAUGAGGGACACGUCAUUAUCAACCACACCCCCACACCUGUGUAUGCUAAUCACAUAAACCAACAAUCCAAAGGGUAAUGAAAGGGUAAUAAAUCAUGAAUCAUGGAAGAGAGCGAUUCCAGUAACAAUAAUGCCAUCAGGCCAGUGCAUGCCCUCUUGUCCAUUGGCCCAUUCCCAGUCACACUGCUGUGUUCUACGUUAGGCGUUUGAUUUCAACACUAGAGGACAGUAAAGGUAUGGCAAAAGUAAAUAGAACUGCUAAAGCUGCCUUUCUCAGGUGAAAGGUCUCAUUGUGUUGUAUUGUUUGAUCAAAAGCCAAUCCGUUGUCGUGUCCUUCUCGGUGUGGCCAUCUUGUUUAUAUAGUGGGUGUGGACAUAUUACCAUGUCCUGGUUUCACAAUGUACCUUACAGGAGUGUUGGCAUUUACUCUAUACUAUAGGCUACAGGAUAAUCACUCUUGGUUCUCUAUUGAGGUUGAACACUGCUGUAGAUUUUACAGGAUGACAGUGGAAGUGGGGACUGUUGCUUGAGCUAUACAGCAUGACAGAGGAGAGAACGCCAGGCUGUCAGGAAAUACUUCAGGAAUCUCUUCUUUCAGUGUAAAGAACUGCCAAAAUACCAAGGAAUUGUCUUCUAAUUGGCUGUUGAGAUGAGAGCAAGAGGCAUUGUGUAUGCUGUUACUUUCCUCAUCGUUAUCCUCGUUAUAUGGGGAAUCUUUACCAACCCACCCUACAUCCAUCAGAGAGCCAGGGUUCUACAACAACAUAUCUUUGGAGCUCAAAGAGCAACUGUAGUCACUGCUGCUGUGCCCGAAACCUCGCAUCCAAAAUGCAGCCUUUCCAAAAACUGUCCUAUCGACCAUUUUGCCUUUCAAAUCAGGAGUGGAGCAGCGACUGUUGUGGGCCCAAAGAUCUGCUUUGAUGGUAACAUUGUUAUGAGUGGUGUGAUGAACAACGUGGGACCAGGCCUGAACCUAGUGCUGGUGAAUGGUGAAAAUGGGAAGAUCGAAAAAUUUGACUACUUUAACAUGUACUCUGGAGAAACAAAGGCCAUCUUGGACUUCUUAAAGACGAUUAAACCCGGAAUGAUUGUUCUGGUGGCAUCUUUUGAUGAUGCAGCGACAAAGAUGACUGAUGAAAUCAGGAACAUAUUUGCGGGACUGGGAAGCAGCAGUAUCAAGGAUGUGAAAUUCAGAGACAGCUGGGUCUUUGCUGGAGGCGCUGGGACAGAACAGAAAAGCCCCUUUGAGAAGCUGGCUGCCAAUAAUCAGAAGACCAACAUUUACGGAAACUGGCCAGAGGUGGUGGAAAUAGCCGGCUGCUUCCCCAGGAAGAUCUGACUAGACAUCCCAUACAGAGAUCUCCGAGUAUACUGAUCUGGAAUCAUGUCCAUCCUGUCCAUGUAUUGUUAUUCAUUAUUAUGUCAAAGGCUAAACAGAUCCUGAAUCGGCACUCAUACUAUAUGAGAUGUUUUAUAAAAACAGGCCUUGAUAGACGUCCUAUGAAAAUGGAUCCGGACUGGCUUGAUGAUUGACAGAUCAAACAAACCGCUAUCAGGAUCACUCAACAAUAAGGAACAACUUCUCUGUUAAGACUGGGCAUUCAUUGUUUUUUUUCAUGUCAGAUUGUUAUGGUUACAGAUUUUUUUGGCAAAAUAGAGGAAUUUCAAAGUAUGUAAAACAAUAAAAAAAUGUGUUUUUAAGAAA